CGUGUGCCGGAGUCGGAUCGGCCAUGGAUAUCCGGUUCCCUUUCUCGCCGGCGGAGGUCGCCAAGGUCCGGACGGUCCAGUUCGGCAUCCUUUGCCCCGACGAGAUCGUAAUUCCCCCCGCCUCCCUCCGUCGUUUGUUUUCGGGGCCCAGGCAAAUGUCGGUGGUGCGGAUCGAGCACGGCGAGUCGAUGGAGAGGGGCAAGCCGAAGCUCGGCGGGCUCAGCGAUCCCCGCCUCGGCACGGUGGAUAGGAAGUUGAAGUGCGAGACGUGCAUGGCGAACAUGGCCGAGUGCCCCGGGCACUUUGGCCACCUGGAGCUGGCGGAGCCGAUGUUUCAUAUCGGGUUCAUGAAGACCGUGUUGAGUAUCAUGCGCUGCGUUUGCUUCAGUUGCUCCAAGAUACUCGUGGAUGAGGUACUUGCGAGGCCUUGUGUCAUGGUAAUUGGUGCUUACAUUUCGGACUUCUUGCAGGAAGACCACAAGUUCAAACAGGCCCUUCGAAUAACAAAUCCUAAAAAUCGGCUUAAGAAGAUACUAGAUGCGUGUAAAAACAAAUCGAAAUGUGAAGGUGGAGAUGAGAUUGAUGUACAAGGUCGAGGCUCGGAAGAGCCAGUGAAAAAGAGUCGUGGCGGAUGUGGAGCCCAGCAGCCGAAGCUUACUAUUGAAGGAAUGAAAAUGAUAGCAGAGUAUAAGGCCCGGCGGAAGGAAAAUGAUGAUCAGGAUCAGCUUCGUGAACCGGUGGAAAGGAAACAGACAUUACCUGCUGAAAGGGUACUUGGUGUCCUCAAGAGAAUAAGCGAUGAAGACUGCUGGCUGCUAGGCCUGAACCCGAAAUAUGCUCGUCCGGAAUGGAUGAUUUUACAAGUUCUACCUAUUCCUCCACCUCCUGUGAGGCCCUCUGUGAUGAUGGACACCUCUUCCAGGAGUGAGGAUGAUCUGACGCAUCAAUUGGCAACGAUUAUAAGACAUAAUGAGAAUCUAAGGCGACAGGAGAGGAAUGGUGCACCAGCACAUAUCAUAUUGGAGUUUGCACAGUUGCUGCAAUUCCACAUCGCUACAUACUUUGACAACGAGUUGCCUGGGCAGCCAAGGGCUACCCAACGGUCUGGGAGACCUAUUAAGUCAAUCUGCAGCAGGCUUAAGGCAAAGGAAGGCCGGAUAAGAGGGAAUCUCAUGGGAAAAAGAGUCAACUUUUCCGCUCGAACAGUCAUUACACCUGAUCCAACUAUUAAUAUUGAUGAACUUGGCGUCCCUUGGAGUAUUGCCUUGAAUCUUACAUUUCCAGAAACCGUGACUCCUUAUAACAUUGAGAGGUUGAAGGAGCUUGUUGAAUAUGGGCCUCAUCCGCCACCUGGUAAAACUGGGGCUAAAUAUAUUAUAAGGGAUGACGGACAGAGACUCGAUCUCCGCUAUUUGAAGAAAAGUAGCGAUCAUCAUUUGGAACUAGGCUACAAGGUGGAGCGACACUUGAAUGAUGGAGACGUUGUGCUAUUCAAUCGCCAGCCUAGUCUUCAUAAAAUGUCUAUAAUGGGUCACAGAAUUAAGCUCAUGCCAUACUCGGCUUUUCGUCUAAAUUUAUCUGUAACUUCACCAUACAAUGCUGAUUUUGAUGGAGAUGAAAUGAAUAUGCACGUGCCUCAGUCUUUUGAAACCAGAGCAGAAGUUAUGGAGCUGAUGAUGGUGCCUAAGUGUAUUGUUUCGCCUCAAAGUAAUAGACCAGUGAUGGGAAUUGUCCAGGAUGCACUCCUAGGUUGUCGUAAAAUCACAAAGAGGGAUACUUUUAUUGAGAAGGAUGUUUUUAUGAACGUCUUGAUGUGGUGGGAGGAUUUUGAUGGGAAAGUUCCCACUCCUGCUAUUUUGAAGCCCAGGCCUCUUUGGACAGGAAAGCAAGUGUUCAAUCUCAUCAUACCCAAGCAGAUCAAUCUCUUGAGAAAUUCAGCAUGGCACUCGGAGUCUGAACCAGGAUUUAUAACUCCAGGAGAUACUCAAGUUCGAAUUGAAGGGGAGUUACUUUCGGGAACUCUUUGCAAGAAGACACUUGGGACAUCUACGGGAAGUCUCAUUCACGUCAUCUGGGAAGAGGUUGGCCCAGAUGCAGCCCAGAAAUUCUUGGGACAUACUCAGUGGCUUGUCAACUAUUGGCUUUUGCAGAAUGGUUUCAGCAUUGGCAUUGGAGAUACAAUUGCUGAUGCCGCAACAAUGGAAAAAAUUAAUGAGGCCAUUUCUUCAGCUAAAGAUGAAGUGAAAAGGCUUAUAAAAGAAACUCAGGAGAAUAAGUUAGAGCCAGAACCUGGACGAACAAUGAUGGAAUCCUUUGAAAACAAAGUGAAUCAGGUGUUGAACAAGGCUCGAGAUGAUGCUGGAAGUAGUGCCCAAAAGAGUUUAUCUGAGAGUAACAAUCUCAAAGCAAUGGUUACUGCUGGAUCUAAGGGAAGUUUCAUCAAUAUUUCUCAGAUGACUGCUUGUGUUGGUCAGCAGAAUGUUGAGGGUAAGCGGAUCCCGUUUGGAUUCAUCGAUCGAACUCUGCCCCAUUUCACAAAAGAUGAUUAUGGGCCAGAAAGUUGUGGAUUUGUCGAGAACUCGUAUCUUCGUGGGUUGACUCCACAGGAGUUCUUUUUCCAUGCUAUGGGUGGUAGGGAAGGUCUGAUUGAUACUGCUGUCAAGACUUCUGAGACUGGAUAUAUCCAGAGGCGAUUAGUGAAGGCUAUGGAGGAUAUUAUGGUCAAAUAUGAUGGAACGGUUAGGAACUCUUUGGGAGAUGUUAUACAGUUUUUGUAUGGUGAAGACGGCAUGGAUGCCAUCUGGAUUGAAUCACAGAAACUGGACUCUUUGAAAAUGAAGAAGUCAGAAUUUGAUAGAGUUUUCAGAUAUGAGAUGGAUGAUGAAACCUGGAACCCUGAUUACAUGUUGCCUGAAAACGCUGAUGAUCUGAGAUCAAUUGUAGAAUUGAGAGAUGUCUAUGAGGCUGAAGUUCAAAAACUUGAAGCCGAUAGAUACCAGCUUGGAACAGAGAUUGCAACUACAGGUGAUAACACUUGGCCAUUACCUGUCAACCUCAAGAGGAUUAUUUGGAAUGCCCAGAAGACUUUUAAAAUUGACUUAAGGAGGCCUUCGGAUAUUCACCCCCUGGAGGUUGUGGAGGCUAUUGAUAAGCUUCAAGAGAGGCUUAAGGUUGUUACCGGUGAGGAUCCAUUGAGUGUUGAAGCUCAAAAGAACGCGACUCUCUUUUUCAAUAUCUUACUUCGCAGCACUUUUGCUAGCAAGAGAGUGUUGAAGGAGUAUCGGCUUACUCGCGAAGCUUUUGACUGGGUGAUUGGUGAGAUUGAAUCACGUUUCUUGCAGUCAUUAGUGGCUCCAGGGGAAAUGAUUGGUUGUGUUGCUGCACAGUCUAUCGGCGAGCCUGCCACCCAGAUGACUCUCAAUACCUUCCACUACGCUGGCGUGAGUGCGAAGAACGUCACUCUUGGUGUUCCUAGGUUGAGAGAAAUCAUCAACGUUGCUAAAAAAAUUAAGACGCCCUCCCUCUCUGUCUAUCUGAAACCUGAGGUAAACAAGACGAAGGAAAGUGCCAAGAGUGUUCAAUGUGCCUUGGAGUACACUACUCUCCGCAGUGUAACCCAAGCCACUGAAGUGUGGUAUGAUCCAGACCCCACGAGCACAAUAAUUGAAGAGGAUGUUGAUUUUGUCAAAUCUUACUAUGAAAUGCCGGAUGAAGAGAUCGCCCCUGAAAAGAUCUCUCCUUGGUUGCUUCGCAUAGAGUUGAAUCGGGAAAUGAUGGUGGAUAAGAAGCUUAGCAUGGCUGAUAUUGCAGGGAAGAUCAAUCUGGAAUUUGAUGAUGAUUUGAACUGUAUAUUCAGUGAUGACAAUGCCGAUAAGCUCAUUCUUCGCAUUCGUAUCAUGAAUGAUGAAGCUGUGAAAAGGGAGCUCAAUGAUGAAUCUGCAGAAGAUGAUGUCUUCUUGAAGAAGAUUGAGAGCAACAUGCUCACAGAAAUGGCUCUUCGAGGGAUCCCAGAUAUUAACAAGGUGUUUAUCAAGAAUGGAAAAAUAAACAAAUUCAAUGAGAAUGAUGGCUUCAAGCCAGAAACCGAGUGGAUGUUAGAUACUGAAGGUGUUAACCUUUUAGCUGUCAUGUGUCAUGAAGGAGUUGAUGCCACAAAGACGACGAGCAAUCAUCUAAUAGAAAUCAUUGAAGUUCUUGGUAUCGAGGCAGUUCGCCGCUCCUUACUGGAUGAACUGCGUGUUGUCAUAUCAUUUGACGGAUCUUAUGUGAAUUACCGGCAUCUGGCUAUUUUGUGUGAUACCAUGACCUAUCGAGGCCAUUUGAUGGCCAUUACACGUCAUGGCAUCAAUCGAAAUGGUACCGGGCCACUGAUGAGAUGCUCAUUUGAAGAAGCCGUGGAUAUUCUUCUCGAUGCUGCUGUCUAUGCCGAAUCAGAUUAUCUGAAGGGCGUGACGGAGAACAUCAUGUUGGGUCAGCUUGCACCCAUUGGCACAGGAGACUGCGCAUUGUACCUCAAUGAUGAAAUGUCGAAGCAUGCCUUCGAGCUUCAGCUGCCUAGUUAUAUGGAUGGCCUUGAUUUCGGCACGACUCCGGCACGUUCACCAAUCUCUGGAACUCCUUACCAUGGAGGUGUGAUGUCUCCAAGUUAUUUGCUGAGCCCAAACCUCCGGCUCACUCCAACUACAGAUGCUCAGUUCUCUCCCUAUGUUGGUGGUAUGGCCUUCUCGCCUGCUUCAUCUCCAGGGUAUAGCCCUCCUUCUACCGGAUACAGGCCCUCGUCGCCAGGAUACGCCCCGAUGCCACCAGGUUACCGCCCCACUUCACUUGGGUACAGCCCCACAUCUCCAAACUACAGUCCUAGUUCUCCUGUUUAUAUCCCUUCUUCUACUGGAUACAGUCCCUCGUCGCCGGGAUACAGCCCGACGUCACUGGUUUACAGCCCCACAUCUCCAAACUACAGUCCCAGUUCUCCUGUUUAUAUCCCUUCUUCUACUGGAUACAGUCCCUCGUCGCCGGUAUACAGCCCGACGUCACUGGUUUACAGCCCCACAUCUCCAAACUACAGUCCCAGUUCUCCUGGUUAUAUCCCUUCUUCUACUGGAUACAGUCCCUCGUCGCCGGGAUACAGCGCGACGUCACUGGUUUACAGCUCCACAUCUCCAACCUACAGUCCCAGUUCUCCUGUUUAUAGCCCAGCCAGUCAUGCGUAUUCUCCUGCAAGCCCUUCGUAUUCACCCACUUCGCCAUAUUAUAGCCCUACUUCUCCAACUAAUAGCCCUCUCUCCCAGAGCUCCAUCCCCUCUCCUCCAAGUUACAGCCCAACCUCUCCUGGUUAUAGCCCCACAUCGCCUGCGUAUAGCCCCGCCAGCGGCAUUUCACCGGCGGCAUGAAUCUUCGCCGGACGA